AUGACCUACGUCACACUAGUUCAGAACAAAGAAGCACAUAGCAGCCAGCGUUGCAGAGUAGUCGUAACUCAAACUUCAGAGAGGCGUCAUGUGGCUGCUCCAAGAAACCUUAUACCAGGCGAGACGUUUGUUGUCUACGUUCACAGUGAGGCCACCAACCUCUCAAGUACUCAGUUGAUAUCUGUAAGUCUGCGUCAUUCUGCUGGGCUCACCCUUGUGGAUGGAGGCACACAAUUGAUAAAAUCAGGUUCGACGAACAAGUUCGUUUUGAUGACACCACCAAAUGCUGAUCCUGCAGUUACCAGCUACUACAUUUUCGUCAACAAUGUGACCACGGAAGGGAAUUCGCAGAACAAAAGCAUACCAGUUACAAUCCAACGAAAGAACAAAAUCAUCUUGAUUCAAACUGACAAGCCCGUUUACAAACCGGGCGAAACAGUAAUGGGAAGAGUUAUCGUUCUCAAUCGUCAAAGAAAAUCUGCUACUGGAGCUGUUUCAGUUACCAUACAGAAUCCUCUCUCUUACGCGAUGGGACGCUAUCCAAAUAUCACACUUGAUUACGGUGUUGCAAACUUCGAGUUUCCUAUAUCAUCAGAACCUGUUCUUGGAACACAUCGAGUGUGUGCUACCUAUGAGGGUUUGCCAAAAGGACAACAAUCAUGUUUUCAGUUUGAAGUUCAGCGUUACGUUCUUUCCAAAUUCUCUUGUACCAUCACUCCUACUGUUGAGUCCUUCUCCUGCUAUCCAAAAUCUGUCUGCUUUUCGGUAUCAGCAAAAUAUAGAUAUGGGCAAAGGGUUGAGGGAAAUCUAUCAGCGUCAGUGUUGCUCAUGCGUACGGAUGUAGGAUGCCCUCGCAGAGAGAUUGCGCUAAAAAAGAUUUCUGGAACAACUUCUAUGUGCCUUCGCAUCUGCUCUAACGGAUAUUUCUGUGGCGGAGACGUAGUAAUCGAUGUCAACGUGACUGAUUCCUCGUCUCAAGCAACCGUCCAUUGCGAAGGACAGACCACUGUAUCAUCCAGGUAUAAAGACCAUGAACUCACAAUUAUUGAUGGUGAUCAGAGUUUCCAUCCUUGUCAUGCUACAGUCGUGAAGGUUGCUGCUUCAAAUUUGUCUGGAAAGCCGAAUGCUGCAAAUGUUAGCUUCGGUGUCAUCACAUAUGCAAAGAACAAAGCAUCGUGCAUAACAACCAAACCACGUUCAUUAGGAUACCAAUAUCAAGCUACUGACCACAGAGGAAUUGCGACAUUCUCUUUUUGUAUGCCUUGCAACGCCGUGAGAGCCAGGUUUCAUGCGUCCGUAGAACUCUUCCAAAGGAAUUGGUUUCUUGCCGUAUACAGCUUUCCAACAUUAAUAUAUUCUCCAGAAAGAAUUGCUUUAUCUAGCAAGAAACAGAAACUGCUGAUUGGGGAAACAGCUAAUAUUACUGCUUCUUUUUCUAAUGCAGCAGUAGCGGAUUAUUACGUUGUUGGCGGUGGGCAGAUUAUUGACCACGGCCGUUGCUCACCAAUCAGCGACAGAAAAGCUCGCAAGAAGCACAAACAGUUGUGCCAAACGGGUAGAAUGAGAAGAACUUGCUAUAUCUCAUUCGUUGUCACGUCAUCAAUGGCUCCCAAGUUAACUCUGAUUGUUAGCCAGAAAACACUCGCUACUUCACGCAUUGCGUUUGAAGUCAUUCAGAGUCCAAAUAAGAUAUCGCUAGAAUUCCAGCAUAAACAGUUAGAGCCUGGAGAGAAAACUAAUCUGCUGAUUAAAGCACCGCCAAUGUCAUACGUGGGCGUGGUAGCAGUAGAUCAAAGCGUCUACAUUCAACAGGAUAAAAAUCAACUAACCCCUUCCAAAUUAUAUGAAGAAGUAGAAAUGUUUGAUGAGCACAAGCAUUUGCCCGUUGAGUCGUACGUGUGUGGUUGGAACUCAUCUGGAAUUCAACUGUCUGGUAGUGAAACAGAACCUCCAAAGGCUUGCCAGAAACCAAAUCCUCCAUCUAAGCCUGGCGUCACCUACGACUGUUGUUAUCCACGGAGCGAUUACAUUGUUGCUGCUAGAACUAAAGAUGUUCCUACUGAAACUACAGAUGUUGCUGCAGAAACUACAGAUGUUGUUGCAAGCACAAUUGAGAGUAGUAGUGAAAGUAAUAAUGUGGUAAGUCCGUCUCGUGUACGAACACACUUUCCCGAAACUUGGUUAUGGUUUGACCGAAAAAAUAGAAACAGCACACUAGAUGAAGAAGUUACUGUUCCCGAUACGAUCACGUCGUGGGUAGCAGAUGCCUUUGCUGUAUCUCCGUCACACUCGAUGUCCAUCGCAAGACCAGCAACUCUGACAGUCUUCAAGCCAUUCUUCGUCACGAUCAAUCUGCCCUAUUCGGUCAUAAGAGGGGAGCUAGUAGAGAUUACGCUCACCGUCUACAACUAUCUUCAAACCAUGCUAACCGCCUCUGUGAACGUACAUGUAGAUAACAAUGACGCACGACUAGUGCAAGGAAAGCAAGACAAAACUCAGUUGAAUCAGCGUUCAAGGACACUUGACGUUGUGCCAGGAAAUGGAGAGGUGAUAUCAUAUCUUCUUUUGCCGUUGAGAAAUGGCCAUCUGCCAAUAACAGCAACGGCCAGAUCUACGUUAGGAGCUGACAGCCUGAUAAGAAACUUACUUGUCGAACCUGAAGGCGUUAAAGAAGAGUAUAGUCAGUCAUCACUUUUGUGUUUGCAAGAUAAUGAUGAUGAUAAUUCGACCUCUAAACUUCGUUCGGACGAUAACAAUCAUCGUAUCACAUACGUCUUCAACGCAUCACUGCCACCCAACUUUGUUCCCGACUCACAGAGAGCAUUUGUCUCUAUAACAGGAAAUUACAUGGGGCCGACCAUUGACGGUUUGGAAAAUUUGCUGCGAUUACCGACAGGCUGUGGAGAACAGAACAUGCUGAAUUUUGCUCCUGCCGUCUACAUUGCACGGUACCUCGACACAGUCGGCCAACUCGAUGAUGCAACCCGAAAGAAAGCUCUUCACUUUAUGCAAACAGGAUAUCAGAGAGAAAUGACGUACCAACGAGAAGAUGGAUCCUACAGCGCUUUUGGAAACAGUGAUCGCUGCGGUAGCAUGUGGUUGACGGCAUUUGUGUUGAGAUCAUUCGGUCAAGCAGACGGUGUACUUGGAAUGUCAAUCGAUGAAAGAAUUCAGAACGAGGCUGUUCAAUUUGUCAAAAACCACCAGAACGCAGAUGGCUCCUUUCCUUCUAUUUGCAAUCCCAUACAAAAAGAAAUGCAAGGAUGCAGCGGUGGUAAUUGCUCGUUAACGGCUUACGUUACAGUAGCUCUACUGGAAGCAGGAAUGUCUCCAAAAGACGAGAGUAUCAAAUUGGCUCUAGAUUAUCUAUCAAACAGAUGCAUAGUCCAGAACUGUAACAGCCCGUACAAUCUUGCUCUAAUUGCUUUCACACUGUCCAGAGCUGACAAAGAAACAGAGAAUGCUUUCGAGGCUCUUAGAAAAUGUGCCGUUAUAGAAGGUGAUCACACUCAUUGGCAGUAUUCGAUUGAAAGAACAUGUCACAACACAAUGCCGUGGUCUUAUUACUGCCGAACAAGUUCAUGUGACGUCGAAACGACCGCCUACGCAUUGUUGGCAUUUGCUAAUCGAGGAAACCUUGCUUACAGCUUACCAAUAGUCCGUUGGUUGAUCGAACAACGUAAUCCUCGAGGAGGAUUCAAGUCUACUCAGGACACAGUGGUUGCUCUUCACGCUCUCUCUGAGUACGCUAAAUUUUCAGUUUCUGAUAUCGUUGCAGAAGUAUCUGUAAAUGCUAAUCAAACCACAAAGACGAUAUCACUUGACUCGUCAAAUUCUAUGCUAGUGCAAACCAUCACACUGCCAAGCCUGCCAACAUUGGUUAAUGUUACCGCAAAUGGCAAAGGUUGCAUUUUGGCAUCUCUUGGUGUAGAGUACAACGUUCCUAAACCUGACAAGACUGCAGCCUUUGAAGUUAAUGUCAGCAAUAUAUUACUCAAAGGUUCACCAUGCAAGUAUUUUAUAAGGGUUUGCAACAGGUGGCUUAAAGCAAGUCCGGACACUUCAAAUAUGGCCAUAACUGAAAUCACUUUUUUGUCAGGUUUUCAACCUAUUCAAAGUGAAUUGAAGCAGAUUGAACAAAGUAACCGCUGUAACGUCAAAAGAACCGAUUUCAAGGGUCGCGUUCUCAGCGUAUACUUCGAAGAGGUUACACAAAGACGGUGUUGUUUGUAUGUAACAAUGAAGAGGGCUUCGGUUGUUAAAGAUCUUCGAGGCGUUCCUGUCAUUACAUACAACUACUAUGAGCCUGACGAGAGAGGAGGAACAAUGCUGUAUCCUCGCCAAGAAUGCCGUUGAAAGAAAAACGUUCUCUUGUAGAACUUACUGUGUGUCUGUAGCUUGUGCAGGAACU